ACUAUCCGUAAUCAGUGCGAUACCAAGCAGAUUUUGAUUAGAACAAUUAUGAGACACUACGUUUUUUUUUUGUCAAAUGCGGUUUUGCAGUGUACUAUUACUACUGAUAUUUUUAAAAGCUGUUGCAUCUUCAAUCAUGGAUUCAAAGACGCUAUCUUCAUCCAUCGCUAAAUUCUCGGCAAAGUUCUGUAAUGAACUAGACAAGUCAAUGAGUGUGAUUGCAUCUCCAUUAUCAGUUGAAUACAUUCUUGCUCUUGUGGCUUUGGGAUGUGAAGGUCCAGCACAUAAAGAGAUAUUGCAAUCCCUUGGAUUCCCUGAAGAUAAUGCUAUUCGCUCAUCUUUCUCUAGCAUGUCAUCACAACUGAAAUCGAUUAAAGGUAUUACCUUGAAUGUGGCUAACAGAGUGUAUAUACAAGAUGGGGGCUACAAGCUAAACAGUGCCCUUGAGAGUGAUGCUGUUAAAGUGUUUGAUGCUGGCCUUAAAAUAAUUGACUUUGGAAGUGGAGGAGCUGUUCAAGAAAUCAACAAGUGGGUGGAGAGCAAAACCAAUCAACGCAUUAAGGAUUUAUUAACGUCGAACAGUGUUAAUAGCGACACUCGCCUUGUCUUGGUGAAUGCAUUGUACUUUAAGGGAUCCUGGCUGAAACCAUUCCAUAAGAAGAUGACAUAUGACCGUCCGUUCUACCUUGAUGAGAGUACCACAGUGGACAUUCCGAUGAUGAAUGCCAAAGAUUACUUCCUUUACGGUAAAAGCAAGGAUCUUGGAGUUCAGUACCUGAAAAUGCAAUAUGUGGGUGAGCAAGCCAGUAUGCUGGUCGUCCUACCAUCAAAGGUUAACGGUUUGAAUGAUGUUAUAAAGAAACUGGCUGAUGGUUAUGACCUGUUGGCUGAUGUGGAGACUUUGAAAUAUACCAAAGUGGAUGUCACUAUCCCCAAGUUCAAGAUUGAGUCCGAGAUUGACCUCAUGGAUGUUCUUCCCAAGCUUGGAAUCAAAACUAUAUUUGAGCGUGAAAACUCCGGACUUACCAGGAUGUUAGAUAGUGAAGAGAAGUUAUUUGUGUCUAAGGGAGUGCAAAAAGCAUUCAUUGAAGUCAACGAAGAAGGAGCUGAAGCCGCCGCUGCCUCUGCAAUGGGUGUGUCGAUGUGUUUGUCAGUCAUGAGGGAAGCGACGCCUGAGUUCAGAGCCGACCGUCCAUUCUUGGCUGUAAUUCUUGUCGGUAAUGACGUCUACUUCGAAGCUAUUUACCGUGGAAAACCAUAAUUGUUAACGCACACACAAAAAAAAUUGUAAAACAUAACUUUGUAUAUUGUAUUAAAAAUCUACAUAUGUAUAUUAUAUACGUAAUUAUGAUUAAGUUUUGUUGGCUGCUAACGUUCGUCUUCGUGAAUUUUUUUUAAACAGUGCCUCUGAUGGUUCUCAGAAGUAAAAUGCGUCAUACAAAUAUAUGACGCGGACAGUAAGCGUUAAAUAAGUCACACUAUGAUUAUAUAAAGUUCCUAAUCCUCUCUGAAUUUUGAUGAAUAUAUUGCGUUUAUAUGAUCAUGUACCAUGUCAAACAUGGAUAAGAUUUUAAUAAUGGUACCAAGUGCACUUACAAUAAGUAUUAUUUUUACACGCUUAAAGUAAAUGU